CCGAAGCCCGCCAGCGCCCGCGGAGGACGUCGCUGCCCCGACAGCCCCAGGGGCACGCGCAGGUCACUCUGCUGGGCUCGCCAGCCCCCGCCGCCCCGGAGGGGGCCGUGGUGGCACCAGUCGGCGCCUCUCUUGGUUGGGACUCUGGGCGCUCAGCGGCACGUCCCUUUUGUUUCCGAGGCGUUUGGUGAUCCCUGUGGGGUCAGGUGGGCAGCCGUUAGUCUGAAGGUCACCAGCCCCGCCCAUCGGAAGACCUAGGGUCCGCGCGUCUUCCUGAAGGGUCCGGCAGGUCAGGUCGGAGGCGAUGCAGACACACCCAGGGAGACGGUCCGGGGUUCCAGAGGGCAUGAGGAGGGGGCUGCCUGCCGUGUGGGUCCUGGGCUGGUGCUCCCUGCGUUGGGUCCGGCCGUGAUGUUCUCCGGAGCCGCUGGCGAGAGACCUGGACCACAGACGGGGCAGUUGGGUGAGCAGAAAUUAGGGCUGCUGAGGCCGUUUCCUGGCAUUCCAGGGUCCCCCCGAGCAGACCGGCUUUCCGGGGCUUGGCCACUCCUCCAGGGAGAGGACAGCGCUCGUCCUGCCUUCCCUGGGGAACUCCCUUGUGACCAUACCGGCCGCUCGCUCUGGGCUCGUCCUGCCCCCAUCCCUGGUCAGCCCUUGUCACCAGUCACAGGUCUGACGUGGGCUAUUCAUCCAGGGUCACGCCUGUCGUCUCGGUGGCUUCCCGUGGUACAGCCCUCCCCAGAGCACAGGGUCACUGCUUGGAAGAACUUACGUGUGAGGCGAGGACCGGCCGUGAUAAUUACAGGUUUUCGGGACGGCCUUCUGUAGUGGGCAGUGCCCCGUUCCAGGCGUUUCUGCACUCGCCUUUGCUCUGGUCCCGCAGAGGUCCCCACACUCCGUGCCCCACGCUCGGGAGCUGCUUCAGGCGCCAGCGUCACGGAAGAGGACAGGCUCGGGGACUAGUGCCUGAGUGUUUCCCUCGCAGACGUGCCCCUUCUGCCGGACUCCACGGCACUUGUGGGGAGCAGCGUGAGAGGCAGAAAGGGCAGCAGGCUCCCAUGCAGCGCGUCCCGAGAGCCCGGUCUCUGGGCGAGUGUUCAGCGCUUGGCCGCAGCCUUCUCUGCCAAGAAGAGCCCGAGGGGAGGCCUUUAGGAUGGACGAGCCAGCACGGCACUUCCGUCUGCUGCCCCAGGGAGCAGAGCCCGGCAGCGCCCAUGGCCCCAAAGGGCAAGUGGCGGAAACCCCCGAAGCGCUCCGAGCUGAAAGGACUGGGGCCGGGGGCGAGCUGGUGCUCCUGCGCCGCGUGCGUGAGGCUUCGGGUUAGCGUGAGGCCCUGGGAAGCCACAAUAAAGAGCAGGCGGACCGCACCAGAGCCCUGUCCUGUCGUGCGCGGAGCACCCUGGGCCGUGGGGACGCGCCGCUCGGGAUGGUCACUUUUUGGAGAAUUUUCAUCUAAAACACCUUACCUGAGCCUGACCGAGGCAGCAGGUGCAGCUGCCGUUUUACAGGCCGUGCCAGAGCCAACGUCCAGCCGCCGCGAGGGACAGAGCCGUGGGUAGGGAAGGCCACUCAGGCGGUUUUUCUGGACUUGGAAGC